GCGGGGGUUGAGUUCCGGGCGAUGGCGACCAAGCGCAAGGGAGAAGAGGACGCUGGAGACGAGCGCCAUGUCAUGCGUAUCAUGCCACUGGGAGCAGGCAAUGAAGUCGGUCGUUCGUGCAUCAUCCUCAAGUUUCAGGGCAAGACGAUCAUGCUGGACUGUGGUGUGCACCCGGGGUAUUCUGGGCAUGGUUCGCUGCCGUAUUUCGACUCUGUGGAAGCGGAAGAGAUCGACUUGCUCCUGAUCACGCACUUCCACAUCGAUCACGUCGCGGGGCUGCCGCACUUCACGGAAAAGACUGGGUUCAAAGGGCGUAUCUUCAUGACGCACCCGACGAAAGCCGUGAUGCAAAUGAUGCUUCGGGAUUUUCUCCGAGUGUCCAACAUCAGCGUCGAGGACCAGAUCUACGACGACAAAGACCUUGAACGAUGUGUCGCCAAGGUCGAAAUCAUCGACUUCCACCAGGAGAAGAUGAUCAACGGGAUCAAGUUCACGCCAUACAAUGCCGGCCAUGUGCUUGGCGCGUGCAUGUUCCUGAUUGAGAUCGGUGGUGUCAAGGUCCUGUACACGGGCGACUACUCCCUCGAGAACGAUCGCCACCUCAUGGCGGCCGAGAUUCCCGGCGUGAGCCCCGAUGUGCUAAUUGUCGAAUCGACGUACGGCGUACAAGUCCACCAGAGCGUCGUCGAGCGAGAAGGGCGAUUCACGGGCCAGGUCGAGUCUGUCGUGCGGCGGGGAGGGCGGUGCCUGAUUCCUGUGUUUGCGCUGGGCCGGACGCAGGAACUGCUCUUGAUUUUGGACGAGCACUGGAAGGCGCACCCGGAUCUGCAAAACGUUCCGAUCUACUUUGCGUCCAAGUUGGCGGCCAAGGCGCUGCGUGUGUACCAGACAUACAUCAACAUGAUGAACGAGCGCAUUCGAAAGCAGAUUGCAAUUUCGAACCCGUUCCAGUUUGAGUUUAUUUCGAAUCUGAAGAGCCUCAAAGACUUUGACGACACGGGUCCGAGCGUUGUGAUGGCGUCGCCCGGGAUGCUCCAGAGCGGGGUGUCGCGGCAAUUGUUUGAGCGGUGGUGUUCGGACAAAAAGAACGAGUGCCUCAUUCCAGGGUACGUCGUCGAAGGCACGCUGGCCAAGAAGAUCCUGUCCCUUCCCACCGAAAUUACCUCGAUGGACGGGCGGCUCCUGCCGAUGAAUUGCUCGGUCGAGUACAUCAGUUUUUCAGCCCAUGCCGACUUUGUCGGGACGUCGGGUUUUAUUGAAAAGGUGGCCCCGCCGCACAUUGUCCUCGUCCAUGGCGAAAAAACAGAAAUGAUGCGUUUAAAAGCCGCGCUCCACAAGAAAUUCCACAACCCAAAGGUGUACCAGCCACAAAUCUACACGCCGGCCAACACGGUCGACGUUGUGCUCGAGUUUCGAGGGGAAAAGGUCGCCAAGGCCAUUGGGCGGAUGGCGACCGACCUAGCAGGCCAUGCCAAGCUCCGCUCGACAGAGAAGAAAAAAGUGAGCGGGCUCCUCGUCGAACAUGACUUCCACACGCACGUGAUGCACCCCGACGACUUGAGCGAGUACACGACCAACCUGCUCGUGGGCAGCAUUGUACAGAAACAACAUGGUGAUGCUCUUGUCAUUAUCGUGGGAUUGAAAAAUACGUUUUCGGUAGUGCCAUUCGUCCAUCAGCCGUUCGACGUGCUCGUUGUGCUCGUCCGGCAGAUGUAUGCCGACUUGACGAGCACCCACGACACGAUCAUCGUCGGGAAGCGGGUCAUGGUUACCCACUGCCCUCCCGACAAGGUUGUGAUUGAGUGGACGGCUGACCCGAGCGCUGACAUGAUUGCCGAUUCGAUCGUGGCCCUCACCAUGCAUGCUCAAGCGAGUCCGGCUAGUUUUAAGGUGCGCACACGAUGCCUGGCGCGUCACGGCGCAUGGUUGUCUCUGGCUUGUGCAAUUUGUGUGGGCGCAUGAAUAUCUGGAUGGGCCAUGCGGUCGAUGGAGUGGGGGAGAGCUUGUUGUAUUGGAAUGGCUGCUUUUGGCGCAGCGUGCUGAUGGAUUUGUGUAGAUCAGCAUGCACCCGACGGCGGCGUGCCGCCACGACCAUUCGAUCAAACCGGAGGCCGUCACCCCACCUCUCAAGGACGAAUCGGACCAUAUUCCUCAAGCCAUCAAGGCCGAGGAAGACGUCAUGACCCAAGCAAUUGAAAACCUCGCGGACGAAGGGGACGUCGAGGCGCUGCAUUUGAUCUUGGUCUAUCGGGUGUUGAAGGACCAAUACGGCGCCGUCGAUCUCGACCACGGCACGAAUGCGAUCACAAUCGAAACGCCGAGCGGGGUCAAGGCUGUGGUCCACUACUUUGCCCCGAGAGAAGAGCGCGUCGAGUGCGACAACGCCGCGUUUGCCGACAAGUUAGUAGAGACUUUGGCCAAGCUGGACCAGGCGCUGCGGCCGAUUGAGCCCGCCGACUUGUAAUGCCUCGACGAAGACUGAAGCGGCACAUCCCAAGGAAGCGACCUGCUGUAGUUUGAAUGUAGUGGCUGCCACCCAACCCGAGAACCUCGUUGACCCUUGAAUCCAGGUGAACGAGAGCAAACGAUUUGCUGGGCUCAACGUCGUCGGCGGGACUGUCGCGUGGGCACUGUCAAACCCCGACACACAGAUCCGAACGAGGCAAGACGGUGACAGGAUGGCAAGGCCAGGA